AUGGCGCAUCGCCUUCUCUUCUUCGCAUUUUUGACCCUUUGGUCUUCGCUUGCUACCGCAAGCACCGCUGACUUGGUCUCCAGCUUGAAGGCUCUCAACUUCACUAUCGUAACUCCGGGAGAUCCCAAUUAUCCUACCGCGAGUACCGCCUUUAAUUUGCGCUAUACCUUCGAGCCCGCGGCCGUUGCGUACCCUACGAACGCUCAACAAAUUUCUGCCCUGCUGAAAGUCAGCAGGCAGUUCAACCACCAAGUCGUUGCCAGGAGUGGCGGUCACAGCUACAUAGCUAACGGCCUCGGAGGAAAGGAUGGAGUUGUCGUGGUUGACAUGACGAACUUUAUGACCGUUGCUGUCGAUUCAUCCACCGGAACAGCCAUUAUUGGACCAGGGAAUAGGCUCGGAAACGUUGCAUUGGCACUCAAUGAUAAAGGACGGGCACUCCCUCAUGGAACCUGUCCUUAUGUUGGGGUCGGAGGCCACUCAGGGUUUGGAGGAUACGGAUUCACUUCCAGGAAAUGGGGUCUUCUCCUUGACACCAUUCUAUCUAUUAACGUUGUGCUGGCUGAUGGCACGAUCGCAAACGUGUCCCAGACAACACAUCCCAACUUAUUCUGGGCUUUGCGAGGCUCCUCCGCAUCAUUCGGAAUUGUCACAGCUAUUCAAGUGAUGACCUUCCCUACGCCCUCAUCCGCUACUGUCUUUGAAUAUAACUGGAACCUCAACGCAGCGGAUGCCGCCAAAGCCGUAGGUGCGUUCCAGCACUUCGUUCAAACGAACAUACCACAAGAGUUUGCGGCGGAAAUUGUAAUUGGAAAAGGCUCCGUUCAAGGAAAUCUCUCAUGGGGACUCACAGGCGGCUGGUACGGCCCUGCGGAUCAAUUCCAGAGCGUCAUCGCUCCUUUCUUGGCGAAAGUGCCCAAACCUGCGAGCACUUCGCUGACCCCAGGUACUUACAUCAAUAGUGUGCAGUUCUUGGGCGGCUUGGGACGCUUGAACACGAGUUCGUCUCCCGACGGGCAUGACACUUUUUACGCGAAGUCGUUAAUGACUCCCGAAGCAUCCCCUAUGUCCAAUGCCGCACGUACCGCCUUUAUGAGCUACCUCGCCAAUGACGGUUUCAAUGCGACCACGGACUGGUUUGUGGAAAUCGAACUAUACGGUGGAACCAAUUCGGCAAUAAACAAUGUUCCAAUUGAUGCUACCGCCUUUGCGCACCGCAGUUCUAUGUUCACCAUCCAAUUUUACACAUCCGCUCCCGGAAAUGUUCCUCCGUUUCCCCCAGCAGGCUUCUCUUUCCUCGACGAAAUGGUGAAUAGUAUUGUUAAUAACAGCCCAAAAGGCUGGGAUUACGGGGCGUACGCAAACUAUAUUGAUGAUAGGCUUCAAAAUUGGCAACAGCUUUAUUAUGGACCACAUUACCCCAGGCUCAAAGCCUUAAAGGACCAAUACGACCCGAUGAACACCUUUUCUUUCCCCACCUCUAUUGAGGAAUGAGGCAAUUUUAACGUUAGUAUGACCGCGUUGAUUGGGACAUCGAUACCAAGACACUCAUUACGGAAUGGGACUCGUACCACGGACUGUAUGAAUUAUUUAAAGUAUUUCCUUUGUUUACCUUCUGUCACGGAGGCGUUUCUUGUGCCUUGUAGUAAAGUUCAAGUCGGGAUCAGCCUUACACGCAAAUUAUCAUCAUGCGGUUAGAGUUGUUUUUCGCAACAGCCCAAACGUUUAGUUUUAUUGUCAUUGUGCCGUG